CUUAGCGUUCAGAAGUUUUCCAAUGCGCGCUCCGACAGACAGAGGCGGCCAGUACGCGAGUCCAAUACUAUAGUCACAUUUUGUAAAUACGGUGGCAUAACGUGGACUCACGGUUGGACUGCCUUCUUGGUUUCAGAGGAGGCGCGGGUCAAGCGGGUUUGUGGAUUGCUUCAGACUUCUUGACGUCUGUUCUUCGCCAGCGCCGUUUGAAGAGAAGUCAUGCAGGCGCGCUAUUCCGUCUCCAGUCCCAACUCGCUGGGAGUCGUGCCGUACAUCAGCAGCGACCAAAGUUAUUACCGGGCCGCCGCCGGAGGGGGGUACACCGGGAUGCCAGCCCCCAUGAGCAUGUACUCUCACGCGGCCCAUGAGCAGUACCCUGCCAGCAUGGCGAGGGCGUACGGACCGUAUACGCCGCAGCCGCAGCCGAAGGAUAUGGUAAAACCGCCAUACAGUUACAUUGCGCUCAUCACCAUGGCCAUCCAGAACUCCCCAGACAAGAAGGUGACCCUAAACGGCAUUUAUCAGUUCAUAAUGGAGCGCUUUCUGUACGCGGGCGGGGAUCGCUCGGGCCACUUGGCCACCACUACCGCCGUGGACGAAACUCUGCCCGAUUACUCGAUCACGACCACCACGUCGUCCUUAAACCACGGGAAUCCUCAGGAGGGCCACCAUGCGCACCAAGGGCGCCUCGCCUCAUGGUACCUAAACCAGGCCGGAGACAUUGGCCAUCUGGGCUCCACGUACCCGGCGCAGCAGCAGAACUUCCAUUCGGUUCGAGAGAUGUUUGAAUCGCAGAGAAUCGGUCUGAAUAACUCGCCGGUGAACGGGAAUAACAGCUGUCAAAUGUCGUUUCCCCCGAGUCAGCCUAUAUACCGCACGUCGGGGGCUUUUGUGUACGACUGCAGCAAGUUUUGACCAAACAAGUAUAGCCUAUUUUUCGUUCUCCUUCUUCGUUUUGUUUUUGUUGAUUUCCCCUGUUCUCGAUACCGAGAGACGCUGAUAGCUAUUGACCGACUCUUCCCCCGUGAUGGACUGAACAGAAACCGAACACAAACGCGAAUCAGACACACUUGCUCUCGGUUUGUUAAGGACAGUGUUACUUCGAAUAACACGUAAGUCUUCUUCGUUUUUGUGAGCUAUAUGCUGGGCUGUGUUGACUUGCGUCAGACGUUUAUGGACUUGUUAUUACGUGUAAAUUGCAUAUAGUAAUUUAUUUCUAAAGUGUAGCCGGAUAUUAUGGACCAAACACCAAAAAGUGUUUCUAAGUUGAAUUGCAUUCAUUGUCCAAAUGUUCCACUAUAACAAGGAACGUAACAUGUAUAACGCCAUAUUCUUUCAAAUUAUCUCCUUUUGUUGAAAAAGUAUUCUGAAGGAACUGCAUUGUUUGUUUAAUAAAUUGCCAUGCUAUCUGAGUUAACAUU